AGCUCCUUAUUAUUUGGUUGAACAAAUCAGACCAAGUCUACUUACAAUGAUGCUUGAGUAAUGGAUCAUAACCCACAACAAAUUCUAUAUAAAUAACUCAUUACUACUCAUCUUUCUCAAAUCACACACAUCUAUAGUUAUCUCUUUCCUUUCUCUCUCUCACUAUCAUCAAUGUUCAAAAUGUGUCUCUCAUCAUCCUCCAUGUUGUUCUUAUUUUCACUAACAAUAAUAAUGUUGUUUCCCUUAUCUGUAACCUCUUUUGACAUAACAAAGUUGCUGUCCGAAUUCCCUGCAUACAGCACUUACAGCAACUACCUUACCCAAACCCAGCUAGCAACCGAAAUAAACACCAGGCAAACAAUAACAGUACUUGCUGUCGAUAACAGUGGAAUGACACCUAUCUCAGGAAAGCCAAUGGAUGUUAUCAAAAAGAUAUUAAGCGUCCACGUCAUCCUCGAUUACUAUGACGAUAAAAAAUUUCAGAACAUGAGAAAUCAAAAUGUAACUGUCACCACUCUAUUUCAAGCCAGUGGACAAGCUAAGGGACAGGAGGGUUUCUUGAAACUCACUGAUCUAAGCCCAGGUGCCGUCACUUUUACGUCUGCUUCUGAUCCUAAUGGACCAGGUGCUGAUUUGGUUAAACCUGUCCUCGAACAACCAUACAAUAUUUCAGUGGUGCAGAUCAGCACUGUCAUCAUGCCACCGUCUCUGCUUCCUUCCUCCAAUGCCACAUCACAUGCUCCAGCCCCAGCUCCUGUUGUAUCCCCUGCUCCGGUGGAGUCACCUGUCCCAGAGACCAUACCAUUUACAAUGCCGCCAGUGCCAGUGGUAUCACCAGUUCCAGUAGUUUCGCCAGCACCAAUAGCAGGUCCAGUGAAGUCUCCAGUGCCAGUUGUAUCGCCAGUUCCAGUUUCCGCACCAGUUGCAGUUCCAGCGCCUGUACCGGUAAUGUCACCAGGGCCUGUACCGGCAAUGUCACCAGCUGAAGCUCCUAAGAAUGAAGAGGGAGCUAAGUCAGGGGUGAUGAAGUCUGAUGCGAACAAUGCUUUAGCUCUUUUCCUUACUUUUUCGUCAAUCUAUGUGCUGCUGUCUACCUCCGCGUAUAAUGCCUACUCAUGAUUAAUUACCAUAAUACUACACCAUAGCAAGUAAAGGAGGACAACACAAGGUUCUUUUGGAAAUAGUACAAUUUAAUUUUCAAUUCCAGAAAAUGUCAUUGUUAUGUUUAUUUGAAAGAAUGCAAUCAUUUGAUUUGCAUCAUCCCCGAGUUCAUAAAUUGUUUCCCAUUUCUGGGGAUGGCCAGUAGCAAUAAUAGCUUAUAAGGCUAGCUCACCAAUGCCUCUGCGACUAAUCGCUGAAAAUAUUAUGUACUGGCUUACUUUGAGUUUGAAUACUGGAAUAACUUCUUUAUA